AAAAAAAAAACUUCAAACAGAUGUGACGCAGCUCCCAGCGUGCUGUGCGCCAUGAUUUAGGCUCCGGGAGAAACAAUUAGUGGGUGGGGCCGGCUGUCUCCACGGAAACCCCAGUGGCUGGUGGAGUGAGGCCUGGAGGGGACGGAGACAGCGACGAAUAUGUCUACCUUGGAAAAGCAACUGCACCUGGGGCAUUUACCGCCACGACCACCGAUGCCCGGGGGUUUGCAAUCCGGGUCCAAGAUGAGAAUGGGGCCAGGAAGAAAGCGAGACUUCUCCCCCGUUCCCUGGAGCCAGUAUUUCGAGUCUAUGGAAGAUGUUAUCGUGGAAAGUGAAACCGGCAAAGAUAUUUUUCGUAUAUACAAGAGCGGAUCGGAGGGGCCUGUCCUGCUGCUGCUUCAUGGAGGAGGCCAUUCGGCCCUAUCCUGGGCUGUCUUCACAACUGCGAUCAUGAGCCGGAUUCAGUGCAGAGUUGUUGCGAUAGAUCAGCGGAGCCAUGGAGAAACCAAGGUGGGGAACCCUGAGGACCUGUCAGCAGAGACCAUGGCCCGGGACAUCGGGAACGUGGUGGAAGCCUUGUAUGGAGACCUACUCCCUCCCAUCAUGCUUAUAGGACACAGUAUGGGGGGAGCCAUUGCUGUCCACAUUGCUGCAGCUAAUCUCAUCCCCAGUUUGUUAGGCCUGUGCAUGAUCGACGUUGUAGAAGGCACGGCAAUGGAUGCCUUGAACAGUAUGCAGAACUUCUUACGCAGUCGUCCUAAGACCUUCAAAUCGCUGGAGAACGCCAUUGAGUGGAGUGUGAAGAGUGGUCAGAUCCGGAAUCUGGACUCAGCCCGGGUGUCCAUGGUCGGACAGGUCAAACAAUGUGAAGAAGCGAUGACUCCUGAAGGACCAAAAGCUAUAGUAGAAGGAAUCAUUGAAGAAGAGGAAGAAGAUGAAGAUGAGAACGAAGGACAGUCCAUUACCAAGAGGAAGAAAGAGGAUACAGAGACCAAGAAGGAGCAGCCCUUUACCUGGAGGAUCGAGUUGUCAAAGACGGAGAAAUACUGGGACGGGUGGUUCAGGGGUCUUUCCAACCUCUUCCUCAGCUGCUCUAUUCCUAAACAGCUCCUCCUGGCGGGAGUGGACAGAUUGGAUAAGGACCUCACAAUAGGACAGAUGCAAGGAAAGUUCCAGAUGCAGGUUCUUUCGGAGUGCGGUCAUGCUGUACACGAAGAUGCUCCAGAUAAAGUCGCUGAGGCUGUCGCCACCUUCUUGGUGCGCCAUCGAUUCGCAGAACCAGUUGGGGGAUUUCAGUGCAUGUUCCCGACCUGUUAGUGACCGGCGGUCGGGGGGGGGCACAGAACAGUCUUGUAAAUAUCUUUCUCCGGAAGCCGCAGCGAUGAUGAUCCCGGUGCAGCAGAGUGACGCCAUCAGUAAAUGCCAAUCAGUACCACAA